AGUGCGAGUAAAGGUGACGAGGAGGAGGAGGAGGAGAGAGAAAAAGGCGAUCAGUGUGCGGUGUUUGUGAGUGCAAGAAGAGUAUUUGUCCGGCAUUCUGAAUCUAUCGACGGAGAAGGCUAAUUCAUUCGCUUCCAAGCUUUUGUUGAAGCAUUUUGGAGCCCAGUACAAGGUGAAGGUGAACUUGCUGAACUAUGGAUAACGAGAAAAUAGUAGAGGAAAAUGCAAAUGGGGAAAGUCAGGCGGAGGGAAGUGCCAGAAUCACACCUGAGAAACUUAAUGCAAUGCUCUAUUAUAUGGAACAGCAUAGUGAAUUCGCAUCUAAUAAGCUGCUUGGAGCAAAUGGAAAGGCGAGCAAGAAGGCGCAGUGGCAGAGAUUGGCAGAUCUCGUCAGCUCAUGUGGUCCAGCUAAGGAUAUCAAGCAAUUGCAAGCUGUCUUGUCAAGACAAAGAGGCAAGGCAAAAGAGUACAACGCUGAAAAGGUUAGAGCAGCAAGGCGAACUGGAAAUCACACUGAAGUCCGGUUUAUUGAAAAUCCUAUAAUGGAGAAGAUAUUGAAGAUAGUAGGAACAAAGCACAAAAAUGGUCUGGAAAUUGUUCCAGAAGUUGGUAUCGCACCAGCAAAGUUGAAACGAAAGCCAAAAAAGAGCAUUAUUGUCUACGAGCUUCCACUUUCUCUAACAACCACUUCAGGAGCAUCUCCAGUGACUGCAGCUGGUGAAAUCAAAAUGAAGAAUGCAUCGUUCACUUCACCUGUUACUCGACCUCUGCAUUCUGCAGCAACUACUAGUACACGUACUAGUGAAUCUGCAGCAACUUCAGCUAACAGUGCAUUGUUCACUGCGUCUGCAACUCCAGCUCUCCAUCAAUCAGCAUCUGCCACUGGUUCAGGAAUGAAAGAUGCAUCAAUUCCACCUAACAAGGAGGCAUCCACUACGUCUGUCACUCGAGCUCUUCUGAAAUCACAAUCUGCCAGUCUGUCAGCAACUAAAGCUGCAGCGACUCUAGACAACCCAGUGAUCAAUACCAGACGAGCUCUCCAUCACUCAGCACAUGUCAGUGCAUCUGCAGCUCAUCAUAGCAAACCAUAUGAUACGUUUGCUGUACCACCAAAGUACACUUCAAGAAGGUUAAAAGUAAUCAAUCCUACGAAAGAAAUGACAUUAUCAAGGUGUGUCACUCCAGCUCCUCGCCAAUCAGAAUCUUCCAGUGGUUCAACAAGUGAAGCUGCAGCGACUGUAGACAAGGAAGGGAUCAAUAGCUCUAUCAGACAAACUCUCCAUCACUCAGCAUAUGUCGGUGCAUCCACAGAACAAGCUCCACCGAAGUAUACCACAAGAAGCAGCUCUAGAGUAACAAAGCUCACAAAUGAUACGCAAUCAAACUGCAAGUCUGAAAUGGAAGAGACAGCAGAGAACAAAUUUUCAGCAUCUUUGGAAUACAGCAAAAUCUACAGCAGUUAUGUUAGUUCUUGGCAAAAGAAUGCUAAAGCUUCUAAAGAUGCUAAGAAAGAAGUGGCAUUGGCUGCGGUGGCAGAAAACUCAAACUCCAUCAACAAACUUGUCGAGACGGUAAUUGAACUGAAAGAGGUGCAAGCGAAAAAGUGUGAGAUUCUUCGAAGGCAUUGUUACAAAACGGAGCAAUAUUAUGAAGAAAGAAUGAAGCUUGGGAGGUCCAAUGGAUUCAUUUCAGAUGAUUUUAUUUAAAAAAUGGAACUUCUUAAAGUGGAAAAAGAAAUAGACAAUUUGCGCAAAGAGAUAGUAAAAACCACAAGUUUUACUCCAAAAAAUCAACAAGAUCUUAGUUGGCCAAUUGGUAAUCAACCAGGAAGUAAUGCUAUGAAUCGAUUUGAUAUCUUAAGAUGGACAUAUUUUAAUAUGACUCAUGUAUUUCUUGAUAAUGCCUUUGGCUAAUAGCAAUGUAACUAUAUUGCGUUUAAAAAUACCGAAAUUGAUCAUGAUUAUAUUCAUUAUCUGCAAAAUACAUUAUGUUGAAAAAUGAAAAUAAGUUCUUUACUGGUAUAAAAAAUUAUCCCCAUCAUUUUACAUAAGUAAAACUUUAUAGAGUUUAGGCAUUCAAGUAUCGAGGUAUUAUUAGAAUUACUUAGACUUGUUAAAAUCUUCGAAAGUUCUUUUUUACAUUAAAUAUUAUUAGUAUCACGGAAGACUUCGAAAAAACCAAA